UGCAGCGCCAUCUAGAUUGGACUAAACGCACUAACGGCCCACUGCGGCUCUGCGGGCCGUUCAUGCUGGCUGCUCUCUGUGAUCGUCCCCGUCAUCCUUCAGCCCGCUCUCCAGGCAAUGCAGGCAUGAACGUUGCCCUGCCGCUGAUUUGAGGUGCUUCGGCUGUGUGGAAUAACAACAUGUCAAUCGCGGGACAACCGGAGCCCUCGAACGCAAAACGGCGUCGUCAAACGUUAGAAAGAGGCCAACAUCAAACGAUGACAGCCUCCUGAGGUGGCGAUCGUAACACGGGAUCUCUCGGUCACCAUUUGCACGAACAGACGGCCACAGCACAGGUAUGCCCAAACAAAAAUCGGUGAAGCCGCUGUAUCGCCUCUGCGUCUCCUACGUCUCUAGCAACAUCCAACAGCUAUGUCCCGAGCACAAUCCCGUAGCUUACGUCUUCCCGGCGCACGUCAACGAAGACCUGGUCGACGCCCUCCAGUCUUACAAGCAAUCCAACUUCGUGUCCCUCAACCACCUCCUGACUCAUCGCCUGCGUCGCGUGUCCCUCAGUUUCAUCGACUGCCACCUGCCCAUCGGAAGGCCGUCCCGUCUACCCGACCUCCUCAGCCAGAUCUCGAUGCACGGUAAACAGCUCCUUGAACUGUCCCUAGUCGGUGCUGUCCAUCAGGAUGACUCGACACUAGUCGCGGCGCUGUGCGAGUUGCCGAGGUUGCGGCGGUUGUCCCUGUGCCUCAACAACGUCACCGACCGCGUGGUAUCCGUCAUCGCCCAACACUGCACCGACCUGGUGGAACUCCGGUUCUCCGGCCAACGGACCACGGACCAGAGUCUUUACCUGCUCGCGGCCUGCAAGCAACUCCGGUGUCUGCUCGUUGAGAGCGACCUUACCUUCGAGUCGCACAUCACGGUUUCGUCAUCGUACCGCAUCCUGGAAGAACUGCCCCAGCUGCGGUCUCUGAAGAUGCCCUUUCUGACCGAGGCCCUCCUUCUGUUCCCAGACACCUGGAGGCUUGGGUUGACCCACUACACCGAGCGCGGCUUGAGUCCACUACUGAGGUGCAGCACUGCCUUCGAGCACAUAGUGAAGGUGUGUCCAAGGCUCACCAAGGUGAGCCUGGUGCUCACGGGGCUGGAGACCAUCACGCCGCUGCGACACCUGAAGGCACUCAACGAUCUUACCCUGAGGGUGACUUCGUUCAGCUCCGACAUGUUCUUCAAGACUCAGGUGGAGCCCGUGCUUCGGGAAGUGGGUUGCAACUUGAGAAUGUUGACGCUGUCCCUUCCCGAGGUGGACAUUGGAGCCAUCAGCAGGCACUGUCCAGGUCUGACGGACCUUGAGAUCGAAGACCUGCGGAGAGUGCUGCCCUCUUGCGGAGAGACGAGGUUCCGCAAGCUGCAAAGACUCAAGUUCUUCCCGCACGAGGUGAACUCCAUGACGUCGGGGGAACUCUUCGAGAUGCUCAAGCACGCCGGAGACCUUGUUGAGGCUUGUCUGGGCUGGUGCCAGCUGACAGACGCUGCCCUCGGAACCCUGGUCUCUUCCGGAACCUUCGCCAAGCUGCGCGAGUUCGAACUUAAUGAGGUGGACUGCAUAAGUGGCGUCGGACUGGAAGAUCUCGUGACGACGCCCAGCGACCUAAACUCUCUCACCGUAUUUGGGUGCGACGGGGUGUCAAGGACAGACAUAGAGCACCUACGCAACCUCAUCAGUGACCUUAACUUAGAUCUCGUAAUACGGUUCUUUGAACUCUGAGGAGUGACUAUGUCUUCAACCCACUGUUCUUGCCGAAUGUUGGCGUCUUGCAUUGCCGUUUCGUUACCGGUACCGUUUUCCCAAGCCCGUUCACCGCAAUUUAAAAUUGCUCCUGCGUGGUACUGCACGUCUACCGGCAAAAUAAAUGUCUACAACUAAGGCACAUUCUCGAGAAAAAGUGAUGCAUGACAUUGUCACGUAAGGACUGCUUAUGUGAAGAUGUAGGUAUUAAAUGAUUAGCUGGCUGCAUGAUUAAGAUGGAUAGCAGCUGCAUGCCAGUAUUCAAACUAUGACAAUGAUGAACACUAAUGAAGGUAUGGGUCGAAAUUGAACCAGUCUAAGUUUGCAGGUAUACUGCCUCCAUAAGUGCCAUUACAGCCAAGAUCCAUUAAAGGGACCCUGCAAUCAUA